GCCAUUUCAGUGCCGUAAAGCACUUCGGCGCUGUGACUGUCGUAGACUCGGUGGCUAACAGUCUACAGCGACAAUUUGACAAAAGGAUCCUCCUAAACGGAGUUAUUUCCACUUGUUUUUAAUAGUUUAGUAACAGUUCACUAACAUGGCUGAAAAGUUUGAUAAUCUGGAGGAGCAUCUGGAGAAAUUUAUCGAGAAUAUUCGACAGUUGGGAAUCAUCGUCAGCGACUUCCAGCCGAGCAGCCAAGCAGGACUCAACCAGAAACUAAAUUUCAUGAUAUCUGGACUACAAGACAUCGAGAAGUGCCGUCAGCAGCUCCACGAGAUUAAUGUGCCGCUGGAAGUGUUUGAAUACAUUGACCAAGGUCGAAACCCUCAGCUGUACACCAAGGAAUGCCUGGAGAGAGCCUUGGCCAGGAACGAGCAGGUCAAAGGGAAGAUUGACACCAUGACGAAAUUCAAGAGCCUCCUAAUCUCAGAACUUGGCAAAGUGUUUCCAGAGGAGAUGGUGAAGUAUAAGGCGAUACAUGGAGAAGACGCCCCCUCCUAGUGACUGCUGCACCAUCACCCCUGACCUCCAACCUGUGACCCUUGAAAUAAAAGCCUGAAUGGAGUUUAACCAAGCAGGUUCCUCCGUGGUCGCCCCGCAGAAUAUGAUAAUAAACCAUUAUUAUUUUUUCUUUAAUAUUGUGAUGCUGUUGUUGUCGAAGAAGGUUUUUCAUUUGUGCUCUACACUCUGACUCAAUCCUCUCCUUUCCCGACAUUUAAACUUUAAUUUAAGGAAUUACAAAUCAAUAUCAAGCAUAUGUGAGUUAGAGAGGGGAGAAACAAAUAAUUUUCAGUGCUGUUUUGUUAUGUUGCCAGGAGACACAUUUGUUUUUAAUGCCUCUGAUGAUGCAUGAGCACUCAGCUGGCAGCAGAGACAACUUCUACUACUCCCAACUGUACAGAUGAAAAUAUUAAAGAGCUGUAGGGCACCCGUGUGUUCUGUAUUAAGGAAUUUACUCCAUCACUUGUACAUACAGUAUAUUUAUACCUUUUGUAAUGCUUCCCAAUCAGUGUGCAUUUGUACCACAACACAGUUCAUGACAUUUUGUACCGAGCUCAGGUUUCUAAUUGAAUGCAAAUGCUCUCUGAUGGUAAUUCUGUGCCUGAUCAACCGACAUGAUCAGAAAUGAGUCCACUCUUUAUUUGUAACUUGUUUGUAUUAUAAUACGUUUUGUUAUUAAAUGAUCCUUGUUGGAUUAA